CCCAGGUACCGUCGAUAUCUAUCAUAUAUAUCAUAUCAUAUAUGAGUUCUUCCAGUUUAAGAAAUAUUUUCCUUGCAUAUUCAAAAGUGAUCCAAGGUUGUAGGAACCUUUCUUCGUCCAGAUCAUAUAGAAUGGAUUUGAAUGCAGUAGUUGCUAAACUUGAAAGUUUUGCUCCCGUGUCUUUAGCUGAACAAUGGGACAAUGUUGGUCUUCUUGUCGAACCGUCUGGUCGUCACACUGUGGAUUCUAUGCUUUUAACAAACGAUCUGACAGAGAAAGUAUUGGAAGAAGCAAUUGAAAGUGAGGUUCAGAUGAUAUUAUCUUAUCAUCCACCUAUUUUUAUUCCUCUUAAGAGGCUCACGUCUAGAAGUUUUAAGGAGAGAAUAAUUGUCAAAGCCAUUGAAAAAAGAAUUGCAAUCUACUCUCCCCAUACAGCAUUUGAUGCAGUAAACGGUGGUGUGAAUGACUGGCUUGCUUCAGGAUUAGGGGAUGGCCACGUAACUCCUCUAUUUCAUUCAAUGGAAGACUCUGUCAAAGGGUGUACUUGUAAAGUUGUGAUCACAACCACCAAAACUCUUGAUGCGGACAAUGCCAAAGACGUCGAAAUGAGAAUAUGCUGCAUCAAUGGAAUAAGAAAUCUCUACAUUGAUAAUAUACCAAGCUCCAGUGGGUCGUGUAUCACUUUAUGUUGCUCUAAUAGUGAACUUCCACAAGUUAUUCAAGUGAUCAAAGAAAAACUUUCUUCUGUUACCUACGACUUGAUAGUACAGCCAUUGUCAAAGGUUCCCAUUCCUAAUACAGGCACUGGUCGUCUUUGCACCCUGUUCUCUUCACUUUCCUUGGGCGAGCUUGUUGGUCGCAUUAAGAAACAUCUUGGAAUAGAAUAUGUGCGUUUGGCUAUUAGCCAGAAGGAAAGUUGUACAGCCAGCACUAAAGUGUCGAGCAUAGCCGUUUGUGCAGGUUCAGGUGGUAGUGUUUUGAAGGGUGUCAAAGCCGAUGUUCUACUAUCUGGUGAAAUGUCACACCAUGAGGUCCUUGAAGCUGUAUCAAACGGUUGUCACGUUAUCCUAUGUGAACACAGUAACACUGAACGAGGUUUUUUGAAGAUUUUUCAAAAGAGGUUAAAUGACUUACUUGAUAACGAAGUCAGAAUUAUUGUGUCUUCGUUAGAUGCUGACCCUCUUCGAGUUCUUUGAGAAAGGUUUCUUCCUAUUUAAUUCGAUAUUAACUAUGAUCCAAUCAACUGACAUACCGGCAAACUCACAAUGGCUAUUGUUUCGCGGUACGGCUUAACAGUGGUUCCAAAGAGGAUGAAAAAUCGGAGAAUUUAGAAAAAUUUAAUGGCUGACUGAAUUUCAUUCUACCUCACGAAUAACCCUCCAAUUACAUCUCCGGACUUCAGUGGCAAUCCACUUUUUUGCGAUAUUGGGCAGCAACCUAUUGGACUACAAAUAAUUAACUUAUCUUAUUGAAAAAAAUAUUAGUCCGAUAUAAUAAAACACUAUAGGAUUCAUCCUAGGGUGAGUGAAUAAAAAGAAAACUAAAAGUAAAGUAAUUGUAAGAUUAAGGCUUGAAGUCCCGCCGUGGUUAACCCCAAGGUUACCUCCUUCCUGGGCGUGGAGGGGGAGACAAGGAGAAGACUAACCAUGUCUUAAGGUGGAACCAAACUAAUUCAGAGUGAAUUUUGGACAAUUUUAUUCUUGCUCCCUUCGCAAAACUAGUAUGUCAAUUUAACUGGAUCUUUCAUAUAAUGUGCUUGGAAUAUCCUAGAUUCUAGCAGUGUAGUUUUGUGAAGGGAGCGAGAACAAAAUUGUCCAAAAUUCGCUUUAAUUAGUUUGGUUCCAUCUUAAAUGACUGGAUCUGGAAGAAGGGCCUAUGAUUGUUCUCUUACACGAGCACUUGCUAUUUGUAUGGUGAAUGAACUAAUACCUGCAGUUCACCAAAUGCAUAUUGUUUGCUAUAUAAUGGCCUAUGAAAAUGUUUACUUUGAUUAAAGAUGACAAUAGCGAA